AUGGCUUCCUCUCCCUCCUCCUCCUCCUUCUUCUUCUUCUUCUUCUUCUUGCUUCUCCUCACACCCUCGCUUGCCUCACCACCACCUCCACCUUCCUCCACGUUAAUCCAAACCACAUGCAGCCUGACGUCCAACUACGACUUCUGCGUCGCCGCGCUCCGAUCCGACCCUCGCAGCCUGAGAGCCAAGGACGUCAAGUCCCUAUCCGCCAUCGCUCUCCGGAUCGCCGUCGUCAAGGCGAAGACCACAGCGGCGUACGCGGCCAGCCUCGCCAAGAACGCUACCGAGGCGGCGGCGUCCCGGUCGGCGUUCCGGACCUGCGUGGAGAAGUACAAGAACGCCGGCGAGGCGCUGCGGUGGGCGCUCGGCUCGCUGGCGCAGGAGAACUACGACUACGCCUGCGUGCACAUCGGCGCGGCCCAGGAGUACGCCAGCACAUGCGGCAGGCUCUUCUUCCGGAGGAAUCCCGGCAUGGCGUUCCCGGCGGCGAUGGCCAAAAGAGAGGAUGAGCUGCAGCGCCUGUGUGGCACUGCCUUCGACAUCAUCUCCCAGCUUGGUUGA